AUGUUGCUGCCGGACCAGACGUACGCCGACUACGACGUGGGUCGCCACCAGCUGCUGACCUACCACAAGAGCAGGGGUCGCGGCCUGAAGGCCAAGGGGCAACGCUCCAAGAGCUCCGAUGCCAGCAGCAGCAGCUACGAGCGAACGGCGGACUUCUUUGAGAACAUACCGGACUUCCUGGGGGACUCCCUUCCGACAUUCCUCUACAGUCCGCAGGAGCAGCAGGCUAGGUUGCCACUGGGACAGCGACAGGAUCGGGAUCAGGAUCAGGAGGAUGAGGACGAGGAUGAGCUACAGGCGGGGGAUCAGGAGAGCGAGAGCACCGGUCAGAGCGACAACUGCGAGGACGACGAUGUCCUGCGACUGUGCGAGGACUUCCUGUGCCGCCAUCGCAUGCGACCCGACUUUUUCUGCCAGUAUCACAAGGCUGUCAGUUCUACGACGCCGUCACCAAAGCAAAGGAAAACCUCAACCCCUGUUGAGGAGCGCAUUUCCACACCCCCAUCAGGAAAAGCCAAAACGGAGGUAAAGGACUUUAAGACAAAUAGGCCUAAUGCCGUGGUGGAGAGGUUUUCCAAGUUCUCGGCCAUUUAUACACUGCCUGUGCCGAAGAGGAAAAAGGCGUGCAAUAAAACCACAGGAAAUAUAACAGGUAGGGAUUAA